GCGAGAGUUCAGACGUUAAUGUACUUCCGGUUAUAUAAGAAAAACUUCCCGUCUUCCCCCCCGGUGCAAGCGUGACUUUUCAGACUCACGCAGCUGCUGCCGAGUGACUUACUGAGCCACAUUCUCCCUGAAAAUGUUGAUUUUGUCGAACAGGAUAAAGUUAUGUUCGCUGGCGUUUACCGCCGCUCGCUUGUACAGCACCGGUCCGGCGGCGGCGAACAGCAACCCCAUAGUUUUCUUUGACAUUGCUGCAGACAACCAGGCUCUGGGGAGAGUAACCUUUGAGGUGAGCACAAACCAUAAAACCUGCGUGGAUUUUACUGUUGAAGUUUGACUGAAAAUGAAGCAAUAUUUGACAUAUUUCAGAGAGAUUUGUUGAGAACUGUUUGUUCAGUCAGAGUUAUGUGAGGAUCAACCUGUUAUCUCAUGUUUGACCCUGAGGACACUUCUUUCCUCUUUUUCAGCUCAACGCUGAAGUGGUGCCAAAAACUGCAGGUAAGCACAGACCGUUUCGAUUAUAGCUGUGUUUGAUAUCUGCACAUAAAAGUCUGGUAACACAGUGUCUCUAUUUAGUGAUACUGGUCAGUACAAAUUUAAGAUACUCAUUGCAUGCUUUACUUUUACAUCUCAGGUGCUAGUAAUUUUACAAACACUUUUAAGCUAUGAAGUUUUAAUGCAUUACUUUAUAACUUAAAAGUUUGCCCUGCUUUCUUGUGUGUUACCAACAAUCUCAUAAUCUGAUUUAACAACUUUUCUUCUGCUUGUGCUGAUAUAAAGAGCAUAUCAACUCAUAGGUCAAAGUAGGGCUGGGCGAUAAAAUGAUAAAGAUUUAUAUCGAAAGUUAAUUUCUCCCAAUAUCAAUAUGAAACAUGGUCAAUAUGCUUUUCGAUAGUCGGCAUCCUACCAUGUUUUGGUAGACUAUACGAAUAGCCAAUGAAAAGGUAAAGUUGUUCUGGGUCACGAUAUUUUUUUUGUAGGACAGUAGGGGAAAGUCCCGCCUCCUUCGCCUCUGAUUGGCUAGAAAAGCUGGAAAUGUCAUCACACGCUCGAGCCAAACGCGGGCUGUCGGCUCUGUACAUCGAACAGAACAUUAUCUCAUCUCUCGCAUGAAUGUCCUAACCCUAACCCCACAGACAAUGACAUUUCACAGCCAUUAGGAAUAACCGAUCGGAGCCCAGCACUUCUAGCCAAUCAGAGGCGAAGGAGGGCGGAACCUCCCCCUACCACCCUACAAGAAGAAUUUAGCCUCCAGGUCCGCUUUGCACUGAACCAAUCAGGUGCUGAAUUAGAACCAAGUAGCAAACAACUGCGUAGUAGCAGGCUGCAGCUACACAAAAACUAGACCAUUUAGUCUGCGUUCUGUAGCGCAACGCCUUACAACAAAAGAGACUCAAAGACCUCACAGAUGCAGAAGCUUAUUGUAUUGCAAAAAACAUGCCACCAAUAAGCAUUGUUGAAUUUCAGUUUUUAAAAUAAAAUAUAUCAUGAUAGACUUUUUCCCGUAUCGCUCAGCCCUAGUUCAAAGGUAUUGGUGUUAAAUGCUGAACAGUAUUUUAAAGGUUUGCUGCCGUACAGAAAAGGACUUUUACAGGAAAGACCAUACACUUUUAAUAAGGCAGUGUCAAACCAGAUUCUGUAUGUGUUCAGAUAGCUUGGCUUUGAAAGAGGAGAGACCAGGUGCUUUACUGGCCAGCCUGCAGUCUGUUGAAAACAUUUGGUCAACCACAAAAUAAAAACUGCAGCAAACGUUGCACCACCACUCAAGAAAUUGCUCUCCUCUGUGUUUUCAAAAGAGGAAGUGACCUACAAAAAGACAAGCAUGCUCCUCUCUCGUCAAACAUUUGCCACUUCAUCUCACAAUUUUAUUAGGCUACAUGAACAAAUGCAGAUCAGAAAAAGUAGCUGGUCCGUCAUGGAGUUUAAAGAUAACACAGUUGCACCAGUGCUGGUCAAUGUUGAUGUUGCAUGGCAACACUCCAGUUCAUUAUAAGCUGAGUCAUGCUGGCCAAGCAAAACUAAUGUUGACACCGACUAAAAUGAUCAUGUUGUUGCAGAGUGUGUAGAGCUGUUGUAUUAAAACUAUGUCACACUUAAAGUCACGCUGUCGUACAAAUUACCGACAUAACUGUGAAGAUAUUUAAUAUUGAUUUUCAACACAAGAGCACUCUGUCUAGUUAAGUGAUUUGAAAUUGCUGCAAUGAUCUCAAGGAUCAUUAAUGUUGUCCUACUAAUUAAGGUAGUUGAACAAACAAAAACAGCAGCAGAUCAAUUAUUUUCUCAGGAGAAGGAUGCAUUUAUGAGAGAUCUUUAAAGGACAUUCCCAUUUGCUCUCUUACUGAGACAGCAAAACAAAAGUCCUACUAACCCACCAACGUCUCAUUUCAAAAUAAAACACUGACAGUGACAUGUCGACUGCAGAAUGAAGACGACGUAAAAACCUUAUGGGUGGUUUCAAAUAGACUUGUAGUGGAUUAUUACUUUACAGUGUGGUAUUGUCACUUAAACUGAAUGAUUAUGCUUCACCUUCAUUGGUGUGAGUUGUAAUUUGAACCCAUUGCAUCAGGGGUUUAUAAUCUAACAGUAGCUGCUUAAUCCUGGAGUGAGACUGAAGCAACAGUUCCUUUUUCUUUUGAGAAACUUAAACUCUUAUUCAAGUAAGAGUUUCUCUAAGUGGCAAUUUAUAUCUAUUUUUAUUUAUUCAUGCUGAAAGCUGUCUAUAUCGGCUCUGUUGCAAAGUCUUCUUUGAUUCCAUCAAUGUCAAACCAGGCAGCAGAAAAACCUGCAGAUGUCCCUGAGAUAUAAUGUAGAUUUGUCUCUUUAAAGGAGUUAGUUAGUCUCUUUAUGGUUUUAAUGUAAACUCCUUAACCAGCUGGUAAAAUAAUAAAAUUGCGAUGACAAAUCUUUGUUGUAGAGAAUUUCAGAGCGCUGUGCACCGGUGAGCAAGGCUUUGGCUAUAAAGGAUCGACUUUCCACAGGGUGAUCCCUGAGUUCAUGUGUCAGGUGAGCUUUUCUUUCUCUCUUUCUUUUGCUUUUGCUUUUGUUAUUCCGGUGCCGCUGAGUUGUAUUCAAGGUGAAAUGUGUGUUUUCAGGGUGGUGACUUCACUAAUCACAAUGGAACUGGAGGGAAGUCGAUCUAUGGAUGGAAAUUUCCUGAUGAGAACUUUAAACUGAAGCACACUGGACCUGGUAAUCAUCCCUUCUGUUCCCUCCUUGUGUUUUAAAUUGCUGAGCAUGUCGCACGAAUAUGUAAAAAACAAAUUAUGUCUAAUUCAUGUAGAGGGAAUUCGUUUCCACAGACCAAAAGUUGAAUAUCUUUUAUUCAUCAUACAGGACAAAUGCUUAACAAACUCUCAGAGGAGUCUAAUACACCACAGCAGAUUAUAAUGAGAUUUAGCAUGUGGGAUAUACAGGACAGUGUGAUAGUACGCAGGACUGUGUAAACUUAUGAUGUACCAUCCUGAACAAUCUGUAGCAUUCAAAUCAAGAUGAGAAGAUGGCUGGUGUUUUUCCAACAAUCUUUCCAACAGUAUUUAAAGCCUCUGAUGAAGCUGUAAGAACUGCUCAGAGCUCAAAUCGAGAAAACAAAUCAGGAACAGAUCAAAUGUUUUACAUAUUAAGGUUCUAAUUUUGACAAACAUGAAAGAGUCAUGGCUGCUGUUGGGGCCUGUUUUAACUUUUUUAAGGGUAAUUUAGUUUUGGAUUUUAGUCUGAAAAAAAAAGAUAAUUAGGCGGCAUGGCUUGUAAUACUUAUUUUUCACCACCAGGUGGCAGCAUUGUGCAAAUUCUGCUUGAAUGAUCUGUUGCUUUUCGUUGUAUAGAGGCAGCAUGCUCAGUGUUAGGAGCUUAAAACUGGAGUAGCUAAAUCAAACCCAGCUAUCAUUUACAUAUUAUUACCAACACCUGUGAUUUUCCUACUUAAACAUGCCAGAAUGUUUUAUCCAAAUUUCAAUGCAAUCCAUGUGAGAAAUGAUUGUAUUUGCUUUGUAGGUAUUUUAUCCAUGGCUAAUGCUGGACCCAACACGAACGGAUCCCAGUUCUUCAUCUGCACCGCUAAAACAGAAUGGUACGUUUUGACCAGCUCAAGCCUUGGAGCUGCAGGUUAUUUUGUCGCAGUUCUUUAUUGUUGGCUGUAUUUCAAGUCAGUUUCUGGGUGUCCUUUCAAGUUUUCUCAGUGAGUAAAAGUAAACCAAAUUCUACACACCUUCUCUUGAAGAUUGUUUUUUCAGUGUCUACUGUGGUAGUGUGGACACUACAAACACUCAGUCGUUCUCAUGCAUUAUUUAGAAAGACUAAAACUUUUAAUAUCACUGGCAUAAAUAUGUUAAGAGCACUUAGAACUAGAUUCAAGUUCUAAAACAUAGACAUCAUCAAGAAAUUGUUGCGUGUCUGAGUCCCUCUUACUACACAAUAGUACCUUUUUAAAAAGUGUGCACUUUUUUUAAACAGCAGUUACCUUAGUCAGAGAUUUUAAUGACGCUUUAGUUUGCCUUAAAUUCUACCCCUCAUAGUGAACUUGUGUUUUUGAUAGCUUCUGGAAAUCUGGGUCUAUGCAUCCAGUUACUGUUAAAAUGCUGUUUCAAAGGUUUGUGGUGGAAACGGUGAGAUAAUGUAGUGAAGAAUUUGUUGAUAGCCUAAAAUGGCAGAAUUAUAGUCGGAUCAGCUGGGUGUGUCAUGGAUCACCUCAAUGUAAAUGACAGAGAUGUUAAUCCCCCCGUUUCUUCAUUCAGGCUGGAUGGCAGACAUGUUGUCUUCGGCAGCAUAAAGGAGGGAAUGGAAGUGAUCAAGAAAGUGGAGUCUUUUGGUUCACGGUCCGGGCGAACCUCCAAGAAGAUCACUAUCACAGACUGCGGAGAGCUCAAGUAGGCCCCAUGUGAGCAGAGGACAUGGUGGCGUUCUCAUCUCCCACUGCUGUGAUUUAAAUGUGAGCGACCCGGUGAAAGAGGCUCUGUGUCCCGUCAUGCUGCAGAGUGCUACCUCUAUUUACUCACAGUCGAUUCUAUCAGAGUAACUCUCAGUCCUUCUCUUGGUACAUGCAUCCUGUGGUAGUUUUUUUUUUUCAGGUAACAACUAAUGCACUUAACUGUGUCAGGCUUCAAAAUGUGAACUUGUACUGUAGACUAAAAAUGUAGCGGGGUCUAUAAUAUUUGAAAGAAAGCUAUGAUUAACAUACACUGAAACUGGUUUGGGAAAGGGACAUUUAUUUAGAAGAAAUAAAGAUUUUUUUCUAAAUAUUCCA